GCUUGCCAAUAGACCGUUGACAGUUCGUGAUUUCGGCAAGAAAAGAAAAGGAAAAAGUUUAAAAUCAGUUUUCUUUCUGUCACUUUUCUGCUGCAUGGAAACUUUUUUCACUCGUCCAUCGUGGCCGUCGUCGUCUGCAGAUAUUCGAAACUACGCAAUGGGAUUUAGCAUUGUUUGACUCCUGGCCGGGUUCUGUGGGCUCUCGUCCAUCGUGCCCGUCGUCGUCUGCAGAGAUUCGAAACGAAAGUGAGAGAGCAUCGCAGAGGAAAGGAGGCACCCUUCGCUGGCUCGAUCGCCGCUGUGUUCACGCGGAGGAACUAGAUCAGCACGCGAAAGCCAACAGCGCAGUCGAGGAGGAAGCGAGCAGUCCAGGUCCAGGAUGGCGGCGGCCGUGGCGUCGCUGUACAGGCGGGUCCUCCCGUCGCCGCCGGCGGUGGACUUCGCUUCGCCGGAGGGCAAGCGCCUAUUCGCGGAGGCCCUGGCGGCGGGCACCAUGGAGGGUUUCUUCCCCCUGGUCUCCGUCUUCCAGACGCAGUCGGAGCCGGCCUUCUGCGGCCUGGCCUCCCUUGCCGUCGUGCUCAACGCGCUCGCCAUCGACCCGGGCCGCCGCUGGAAGGGGCCCUGGCGGUGGUUCGACGAGUCCAUGCUCGACUGCUGCGAGCCCCUCGAUAAGGUCAAGGCCGAGGGCAUCACCUUCGGCAAGGUCGCCUGUCUCGCGCACUGCUCCGGAGCCGACGUCCAAUCCUUCCGCACCAACCGGGUUACCAUCCACGACCUACGGCGGCAUCUCAUCCGAUGCGUCUCCUCGCAGGACUGCCAUCUGAUCGCCUCCUACCACAGGCGGCCUUUCGGACAGACUGGAACUGGUCAUUUCUCCCCAAUUGGUGGCUACCAUGCCGGACAGGAUAUGGUGCUCAUCUUGGAUGUCGCCCGUUUCAAAUAUCCUCCGCAUUGGGUUCCAUUGCAACUUCUUUGGGAAGCCAUGAAUACAACUGAUGACUCAACUGGACUUCUCAGAGGGUUCAUGCUUAUAUCAAGAAAGGUUGCAGCCCCUUCAUUGUUGUACACAGUGAGUUGCAGAGAUGAAAACUGGAAACGCAUGUCAAAAUAUUGUGUUGAAGAUUUACCGAGUCUUCUGAAGGCAGGGAACCUAGACGAUGUUCCAGCGCUUCUGUCCCGUUUAAUUGAGUCUCUUCCAGCUGACGCUGAAUCUUUGAUCAAAUGGGUUGUCGAAGUCAGGAGAAAAGAGGAGGGUGGACCAAGCUUAAACAAAGAGGAGAAAGAAAGGCUUUUCUUGAAGGAAAAUGUACUAAAGCAAGUUCGUGAUACCAGGCUAUUUACCAUAGUCCAUGAUUUGCAGUAUGCUAAUAAACCAUGUUAUAAUUGCUCAUCGUCGAGCGAAGAUGAUUCCCUUACUAGGAUUGCAGCCGUUGUGUGCUGUCAGGGAGCUGCAAUGCUAUCAGGCUCCGUGGUAUGUGAAGGCAGUGAACAAGGUGUUGAUAUGCUUUUACCAAUGUCUUCACCUGGUGCCAGUUCAUGCAAUUCAAACUUGAAGAGCAAUGCCGUCAAAUAUCCAUCAAGCGUGGAUGUUCUAACUGUUCUUCUGCUGGCUUUACAUCCCAACACGUGGUUGGGCAUCAAAGACGAGAAGCUCAAAGCUGAAUUUCAGACUCUUAUUUCAACAGACAGUCUACCUGAUGAUCUGAAACGAGAGAUAUUGCACCUAAGGCGGCAACUCUACUAUCUAAAGGCCUGUAAAGAAGAGGAAUGCGAAGAUGCCGAGCAACCAUCGCCUAAGCAGCAGUGCUGAAGUGGCAGUGUGCCCAUGUCGUUAAUUUUACUUGUAAGAAAUUGAUGUGAAGGGAAAAGUUACCAGAGGGUAUAGACUAUGAAAUGGUCAGAAUUAUGAUGAUAGUAGUGUAGUGAUGAUUAUCUUGUUGUUCAGUUCUGGUGUUGUUUCCUUCUACGAGAGGCUAUUACACCCUCCUUGCUCAAGGAGGUGCUGAUGUUCUUUUUCUAGAUGAUGAUUAAACCAUCCAUCCUUGCUUUGUGCUAAACCUUGUCAUAUUCUCUUUGCAUUGAAUAAAUCCCUCGUAUCGUAUCCUAUCA